AUGCACCCGCUGCCAACAGUGCUGAGACUAGACCACCUGAAGCAACCGAUAGCCGGCGUCAGUCCGACCGUCACCACGGCUCCAGUCCCCACGUUUUUGACCAAGCGCCCGGCUAUGUGCUUUAAGCAGCCGCACGGCUUCCUCGUCCGUGAUUCCAGGACACUGACGGACCUUACGAGUGGUGGAUUUACAUUUGAAAUGGUGCCGGGGUCGCACGCGGUGGCACUGGCGCUGAAGCUGGCCGAAAUGUUUGGCCGCUUCCUUGCGGCACCCUCAGCGGGUCAGGUUUCGCGGCCAGCUUAG